GGUCCAGGUGGAUGAUCGGAGGCUGUUCAUUGGUUGCUUGGCUCCUUGCGAAGGAGUGUUUAGGCCGCGAACCGAGCCUCAGGUUGUCACAGCUGGGAAGGAGCUCGGUUCGGGGAGGCUGGAGGAUGGGAGGCAGGGGUCUGUACGGUGCGCUUCUCUUCUGCUGCAUCAUUCUGUCCGUCCUGCUGGGAGCCAAAGGGUCUGGUGAUGAUGUUGGUGGGGACAAUGAGGAGACUCCGAUUUCUGAACAUGCAGAGGAGCAAGAAGAUGAGUACCCUACAGGAGACGAGCUGAUUUUAGAUUCCCAACCGGUUAUCGAGCUUGUGGAGCCUGAAAAUGAUAAAGAUUCUGGGGUUAACAGUGAAACUUCAGAGGACAUCUCUCCUAUCUCUCCUAUCACUACUGAACCUACACCAGAGCAAGAUGUCACCAUUGUAGAACCAGAGGAAAUGCAGCACAUCACCUUUCUGGACCACUCUCACAGUCCUGAGGGGGAGUCGGCACUUGUGUCUGAGGAUGGCACAGAACCAUGGCAGGGUGACACUAAGUCUGCUGAAAUACAAAAUAAUGUGAUCACUGUCCUCGGAGGUACGUCGCCUGGGGAACCAUGCCACUUCCCCUUCUUAUUCAUGGAGAAGGAAUACACAGAUUGCACGACAGAUGGACGGGAGGAUGGAAGGCUCUGGUGUGCAACCAGCUAUGACUAUAAAAGUGACCACAAGUGGGGCUUCUGUGAAACUGAAGAACAAGCCACAAAGAGGCGACAAUUACAUGAAGCUGAAGUCCUUUACCAGUUGGGGAUGAAAAUCCUAAAUGAAAGCAGCAAGCGGUCACAAAAGAAAGAGGCGUUCCAGUACUUUAUGAAGGCCUCUGAUAUGGACCAUAUAAAAGCAAUGGAAAAAGUGGCCUAUGCCCUACUGUUUGGGGACCCUAUUAAGCAGGAUAUUCAUUUGGCCAAAGAACUUCUGGAGAAACUAACCGAGCAGGGGUCACCAAGAGGCCAAAUGGCUCUGGGAUUCCUGUAUGCUUCUGGUCUGGGUGUCAAUUCCAGUCAAGCGAAGGCCCUGGUGUAUUAUACAUUUGGAGCCCUUGGAGGAAAUCUGAUUUCCCACAUGAUUUUGGGUUACCGCUACUGGGCUGGUAUUGGAGUGGUACAGAGUUGUGAAUCUGCUCUUACUCAUUAUCGGCUUGUGGCAAACCAUGUUGCCAGUGACAUAUCUCUUACUGGGGGUACCGUGGUACACCGAAUCCGUCUGGCAGACGAAAUCGAGAAUCCAGGAAUGGGCAGUGGGAUGCUGGAGGAAGAUCUGAUCCAAUAUUACCAGUUCCUGGCAGAGAAGGGUGACAUCCAAGCUCAGGUGGGUCUGGGACAACUGCACUUGCACGGAGGACGUGGUGUGGAGCAAAAUCACCAGAGAGCGUUUGAAUACUUCAAUCAAGCAGCCAACGCCGGGAACUCGCAUGCAAUGGCUUUCUUGGGAAAGAUGUACUCAGAAGGAAGUGACUCUGUGAUGCAGAGCAACGAAACCGCGCUGCAAUACUUCAAGAAAGCUGCAGACAUGGGAAAUCCUGUUGGACAGAGUGGUCUGGGCAUGGCUUAUCUCUAUGGCAGGGGAGUUCCUGUUGACUAUGACAUGGCUUUGAAAUAUUUCCAGAAAGCAGCAGAACAGGGUUGGGUGGAUGGUCAGCUUCAGCUUGGUUCCAUGUAUUACAAUGGAGUUGGAGUGAAGAGAGAUUACAAGCAGGCCCUUAAAUAUUUUAACCUGGCUUCCCAAGGUGGCCAUAUUUUGGCCUUCUACAAUCUUGCACAGAUGCAUGCCACAGGGACUGGUGUGAUGAGGUCCUGCCACACUGCAGUGGAGCUCUUUAAGAAUGUCUGUGAACGUGGGCGCUGGUCGGAGAGGCUGAUGACGGCUUACAACAGCUAUAAGAAUGGAAAUGCCAAUACUGCUGUUGUGCAAUACUUGCUACUAGCAGAGCAGGGGUACGAGGUGGCCCAAAGCAAUGCAGCAUUUAUCCUGGAUCAGAAAGAAGCUGGCGUCGUUGGUGAGAAUGAGACACUUCCCAGGGCUUUGCUUCACUGGAACCGGGCAGCAUCUCAAGGAUACACUAUGGCAAGAAUCAAGCUAGGGGAUUACCAUUUCUAUGGCUAUGGGACAGAUGUGGACUAUGAAACUGCAUUUAUUCACUAUCGCCUGGCAUCUGAGCAACAACACAGUGCGCAAGCCAUGUUUAACCUGGGAUACAUGCAUGAAAGGGGACUGGGCAUCAAGCAGGAUAUCCACCUUGCCAAACGAUUCUAUGAUAUGGCUGCUGAAGCCAGUCCUGAUGCCCAGGUACCAGUCUUCCUCGCUCUGUGUAAACUAGGCAUCCUGUAUGCACUUCAAUAUCUGAAAGAACUAAAUGUUAAGGAAAUGUUCUCCCAAGUAGACAUGGACCAGUUACUGGGGCCAGAAUGGGACUUGUAUCUCAUGACUAUUAUUGCUCUACUACUUGGGACAGUCAUAGCUUAUCGGCAAAGGCAACCACAGGUUGUACCAAGACCCCCACCACCUCCUGAAAGACCUGCACCACAAGACCCAGAAGCACAAGAACACCCCCAGCAGCCACAGGAUGCUCAGCAACUGCAGUGAUGGCAUGUGGCUUCUUGAAACAUUACGUGACAUUCUCAAAGGCUUCCAGGGAACCGGAUCUGGCUUUGUCCAGCAUUUUUUUCCAGAACGAUUCAUAACCACUUAGUCCUGCUACGUGACUUCUGAAAUGAAGCACUUUUUUUUUUUUUUUUUUUUUAAAUAACAUUUUCUUUAAUUUACUAUCCAUGUAUCUGAGCACAGUGUGUAAGGGACUCCAUUAUUUAUAAAAGACUCUUGGUGUUUGCUUACAGCAACCAACCAUUACCGAGAAAAAUCUCUCACUGUAAAUUUCCGGGCAGGAUAUUCUUUCCCCCGAUAUGAAGGGUGAAAUGAUUCUUUUCAGAGCGUAAAAUGUGAAUGGCCCUGUAUUACAUUGGAUUCUCACCUCUUACUGUAAGUCCCGUUCUUUUCACUAUACUAUUUAUUGAAAAUCAUAUGAAGGGCAUUCAUGUGUGCAUAAAUGAAAUUCUCUAUUUUGCAUCCUACAACCUAAUCAUAAACCGUAAGUUCCCCCAACUGAUUUGGAAUAUAAAACUUUUCAUAUAGUUGCAGUUCUGGUUUAUUAAUUUCCCAGUAAAGGAAGAAUUUUACUUUGCUUGGCUUUCAGUUACAGAGUUGCUAACCCCGUAAUUAUUGGAUGUUUCAGCAGCAUGUUUGUUUCUGAGCCAAAUUAAUUCUGAAAACACUGAUAGGGCAUGUCAGAGCAAGACCACCGGAUACAUUUCACAAUAUAGAUGCUACAAACAAUGGGCAGGUGUGUUACUUUGUUUUCUGUGUUAAACUGAACACAAGGUGUUUCUUUUGGAGCAGAAUGAACUAUAAUUUUAGUUUUGAGAAAGGGACUCGUGCACUACAGUGACUCAUUCUCUUACACAGAACUGUUCGAUGCUAAAUAUGCCACGUUGCACCCUGGCAUGGAAGACUUGACUCCUAGGAAGAUCUGUGGGUAUCAUACAUGGACCUCUUAGCUUGAGAAGGGAGAUACUGUUUUUAUAGAUAAUUUGGGGUGGGGGAGAUACAGUAUGGGAUGGCAAGGGGUCAGCAGAAACUGUAAAUUAUGACCUCGGCUUGUGAGUUUUAUUUAAGUAAUAAAAUAUGAAAAAUGAAACAA